CGGAGGCGGCCCCGGAGCAUCGCCUCCCGAGACUCUCGCCUUUGCUCCAGCUCUUCGCCUCCGCCUCCGCCAGCUCCAGAACAGGAUGGAUCCGGAGGACUGCGCCUGCGCCACCGGUGGCUCUUGUUCCUGUGCAGGUUCCUGUAAAUGCAAGAACUGCAAGUGUACCUCAUGCAAAAAAAGCUGUUGUUCCUGUUGCCCAGCCAGCUGCGACAACUGCUCCAAAGGCUGCGUCUGCAAAGAGCCGUCGUCGGAUAAAUGCAGCUGUUGCCACUAAAAAUCCAGCAUUGUUCAAUUGUUCUGUAAAUAUUCUGUAUGAUGCUUCGAAAAGGCAACUUUCGGGACGCAUUGAAUAUUUUGUAGCUGUUGUUCUUGCAGAUGACUGGGAAAUAAAAUGUUAUGAUUUCGGAAAAAGUAA